AAAAUGAUUUAUCACAAAGUUGGAUAUAGGCUUGCAGGUAAUUGCCAUCAUCAAAUAUGAGGGGAGGUUUCAGCAACGGUCAAAAAUUCCGGAUUGCACACAGGGACAGAGGGAGGCUGCAUGUAUCUCACAGCGAACUCGUCAGAUUUUAACUGCAAAACAUAGACAGAAAUCUGAAAUCAUGAUUUUCGUUGGUGGGUCUCCGUUGUUUAGUUCGUCCUCUUCCUCUCAGGGCAGUGAGAACCUGCAAGCAUUACUGGAACAUCCUGUACUGAUUUCUGCUACGGAUUCAUUUAAAGCUAUUCCAGAGAGGAAGAUUUCAGUCCCUGAAGGAUCUGGUUUGGAGGGAUCUACACAAAUUAAGCAUGUUUAUAUUUUUCAAAGAGAAUAUGCAACUGUUGAUCCUGCACUUGUAGAGUUAGUUGGCACAGAUGAAGCAACUACCUGUGUAGGUCUUGUCAUCCGUAACCAGAAGACUGGAAUGACGUCUGUUGCCCAUAUGGAUUCUCCAGAAAUUGUAGAUUUUGGCCUUGCCCAGAUGUUGUCAUUAGUUGCUGAUCCCAGAUUAGAUGCUGAGUUGGAUGUGCAUCUAAUUGGUGGCUAUGAAGAUACCUCAUGUGAAGUCUGUCCUCACUGCAGUGGCAUUAGUGUCUCGGAUAGACAUAUAGAACCAGAAGGUUAUUCUUUUCCUCUAUGUUCAAAAAUAGUUGAAGUUUUACACAAGAGACAGGAAAUUUUUCACAUUCAAACUCUCUGCAUUCUUGGGCAUAAUACUAGAAGAGAUUCUGAUGGAAAUACAUACCCCAUCUUCAAUGGGUUUGUGUUCCUUUUCACUUCUCAGGUAGAAACUUCCACUGGAUCAGUUAAGCCAGCUACUUUUGAUAGAAGCUCAAGAUGUCCAGAUGAAAUUGUCCGGAGAAUACGAGUGACUGUGUCCUGUGGCGAUCCUAGUUGGAAUGGGAAAUUACUAGAGACUUAUGAUACUCAUAUUGACCGAUUUCAAAUUGCUCCUUGCUCUUGGGUACCUUACUGGAGAAGACAUGCCUUUAUACUACAGAAACUCUCUGAUCCCGAAAUUCUCCUCAAAUGUUCCACCUCACCUUAUGCUGAGGGCCCAGAUUUUGUUGAUAAUGAAAGAAGGGUGUUUGACUAUUUGAUUCAACAUCCAAACUGGAAAGACACCUUUCCUAUGAGAAAGCCGCGCAUCUUUCAUAGGUCUGCUGAUGGAGGCUGGAUAAAGUGCUGAUAUAAGAAGGAUCUUCAUGUAAGCUACAUGCUGAAGUUCAUAUAUAUUACCUCUACCUUUAAAUUCCCAUAUUAUUAUUUAAGUUCCCUUCUACUUGUAUGUUGUUAUCGAGACAAAAGUUCUCAAUAAAAUUGUAUAGGUAUUCUUUAAUAGCACAAUACAGUUGCUUUGUUGUACACAACAUGCACUGUAAUAGAUUUGCCGCAAAAAGGUUUAUAAUAUGUUGAUUCAGAAGGGUUGAGAUUUA